GAUGGCGGUUGCCCGGCAAAAGACGGGAGAGAGGCUACUCCAAGCAAGGACACCUUUUAUUGGGAUUUCAAGUAUCGUAACGUCACUGACGUCCCUGCCGAGAUGGACUGGAGAAACCAUAAUGCAGUUACCCGUGUCAAGAAUCAAGGAAUGUGUGGGAGUUGCUAUGCUUUUCCAACAGUGGAUUCCGUAGAAGGAAUACAUUCAAUCAUAAAUGGCGAGUUAAUAGAAUUAUCACCAAAAGAAAUUAUCGACUGUGCAAAUGUGGGUGGAUGUAACGGAGGCUCACCUCAAGAUUCUUUCAAAUACAUCGCCAAUAAUGGAGGUCUAACUACCGAGAAGAACUACCCUUACAAACCUGUAGUUGAGACUUGCACAUUACAAAAGGCGAAAGAUAUCGCCGUAGAAAUUCAUGGAUAUCAAGACGUCCCUAGGGACGAAACUGAUGAGCAUCUAUUGAAAGCAGUUGCACACCAACCUGUAGCUGUUUCAACGUCAUGGGGAGAUAAUUUAGCGUUAUAUAAAGAGGGAAUUGUGCAAGGACCAUGCGAGACGACAGUUUUGCAUUCAACGCUAGCAGUUGGAUAUGGUACAGACCCGGAUGGAACCAAGUACUGGAUAUUGAAGAACUCGUGGGGAGAAGAGUGGGGAGACAAAGGAUACUACAAACUACACCGUGGAAUUCCUGACAAGAAGGGAAUGUGCGGCAUAGCACAAUUCGCUGCUUAUCCUGUCAUUGAAGCCGAUAGUGGAAUACAUGCCUCACCUGGUGCAGUUGUUAAGGGUGUUAAAAAACGCUAGAAGUUCGUAUGCACAACUUAAGUUGGAUGUGAUUGUUUCUCCAUUCUAAAUAAUCGGUUGCUGACGCCGAUCCGAUUCAGGCAACUCUAAAUUUUUUAUUAUGUAAUUCAACUAUAAAUUUGUACCCGUGCAAAACGGUGAUGACGAAAUAGUUUUUUUCGGCAAUUCGU